CGGACUUCUAGUUGUGCACGGUCCAUUUUCGAGGAAAUUCCGCGCCGAACGGCACGUCUUCCUCGUUACCUGCAACUCACAAUUUACUCUUAAAAACCCAUACUUACCACCCGACCUCAUUAUCUCCAUCCCACAUUUCCACAACGUAACGGCACAUUCUGCGAGACUCAUAUACAACUUGCGAGCAUUAUGUCCAACGCAGCGACCCCCAUCUCACCAGCCCGCUUCGCCGCUGCCCUCAAAGACCUCCCCUUCAGCAGUCUCCACCUUAAAGCUAUGGAAAUCCGCAACAACAUCGCACACCUCGACUACUCGAACGAACAAUUGAAGCCCUUCGCCGAUGGCACCGAUCCCUCCUCUAAUGGUCACCCCGACCAAGAUUGCAUAGACGCCAUCAAGGAAAACGAGACUGUCAUUGCCAGAAUGCAAGAGCGGAUUGCUUUGUUGAAGGCUGAGGUUGAGGGGCGGGGAAGCAGUUGGUUGGAGUUUCAAAGUGCGGAGGAGCUGCAGGAGGGCGAUGAGGCGUUGGUUAAUGGAACGGAAGAGGGUGAUGGUGAUGUGGACGUGGAGGGACAAGAGAGGAGUGAGGCUUGGAGGGAUGGGACAUUUCAGACUGGACGCAUAGUAAAUGGAGAGGUCAGGAUGGGUGGGGAGAGUGCAAUAAAUGGGGCGACGAAUGGCACUGCAAACAAUAGCGGUGGAAGGCUAGAUGAUGAGGCAUUGAGGAGAGUAAUGGAGGAGAGAAUGAGAGCUUUGGUUAACGAAGGUGAUGAAGGGGAAGGCAUGCAUCUUUAGAGAGAUGCUGAAGAUGAAAAGUUAUGUCUGCACGAAAAGCUUGCAUUGUCGGCGUUUGAUACCAAGGAAGGAAAAGGUUAUGAGAGCUUUCACUCAGAUUCAAGUAAUAUCUUACUCUUUUCACAUGCACG